GAUUUAGGCGGAACUGCUCUUGGUUUCCUGUAAAUGUAACACCAGUUUUCUCACGGAAACGCUUUUACUUUCGAUUUUUUUCUUUUCAUAGUCGAGUGUUCCCUCGUUACUCGCACGAGUAUUUUGCUUUUGACACAAAACCAGCCAUGGGAGAUAAAAAAGCAUGUGUUGCUUUGCAACCCGAGGGAACUGAGAUUCUGAAACGCAGUCGCUCUGCAUUUUGUCUUGUGCUAGGAGAAAAAUUUGGUUGUACCGCUGAGAUCCACAAUGUGGAGGAUCAUACAACUUCAUCGUUUUCCCACAGCAAAGCAACCAUUGUGCCUGAGAUUAAGUACAGCAAACAGCUGUCUAAUAGCCUGAAGUUGUCAGUGUGGAAAGAUGAUCUUACUACACAUAAGGCAGAUGCCGUGGUAAAUGCAGCAAAUGAGAAUUUAAAUCAUGGAGGAGGACUUGCUCUAGCUCUGAGUCGAGCUGGAGGUCCUAAAAUCCAACAACAUAGUGAUGAAUUAAUAAAAUCUAAUGGUAGACUUAAGACAGGCGAUGUUGUUGUAACACCAGCUGGAAAUCUCCCUUGUGAAAUCAUCAUACAUGCUGUGGGACCCAGUGUAUCACCAAAUGCAUCAGAAAUGGAAAUAAACGAGGCAACACCCUUGUUACAGAAUGCUAUUUGGAACAUCUUGUUAAAAACCAACUAUGAUAACCUGCAGUCUGUUGCUAUACCUGCCAUAAGCUCAGGCCUUUACAAUUUUCCACGGGAUCGCUGUGCACACAUCAUUGUGAGCACCGUGAUUUUAUUUAAUGAGCAACGCAAUCCAAAUGCCAGGAGCCUAGAGGUCCGUCUAGUGAAUAAUGACGAUCCCUCAGUUAAAGAGAUGCACAGAGCUUGCUGGGAACUUCUGGGCCCACCUGACCUAAUGCCAACACAAAACUUAAGCAAUGCACCAAGCCAGUCUAUACUCUCCAGUCUGGAACUGGGGAACGUGGCUGUCCACCUCAAACAGGGUGCCAUUGAGCAAGAGACAGCGGAUGUCAUCGUGAACACGGCAGGCGUAGAGCUUAAUUUAUCAGUAGGCCUGGUUUCGAAGGCUAUACUGCAUAAAGCUGGCUCGAAGAUUCAAGAUGAACUAAAAAAGCAUUACCGUGGACCUGCUCUUCCUGGUGCUGUUCUUGCAACUGCUGGCUAUAAUCUGAAAUGCAAGGAAGUGUACCACACUGUCUGUGCACAUAAAUCUAAACACGGUGCUGAUAAGAUUCUUUACUCAGUGACCAUGGAUUGCCUUCAACUGGCAGUCCAUCACAGUUAUUCAUCCAUUCAUUUCCCUGCUAUCGGCACUGGUAACCUUGGAUUUGAAAAAGAAGAAGUUUCUCAAAUAAUGACCCGUGCAGUACUAGAUUUUUCCAAGGGAAAUCAUCAGAAGAAAAUGAACAUAUGUUUUGUCAUUUUUCCAAAGGAUAUUGAGACACUGAAGGCUUUUGAAAAAGAAAUGGCUUCCAUGCAAAAAAAACUGCAUACCUCCACUACCUUAAGUAGCACCAGGGGAAAAAGUUCAGGUUUUCAUGACACUGGAACACCUCAUUUUGUGCUCUUUGCCCCCUCUCCAGAGGCACUAAGAGAGGCCCAGUUGUGGUGUGUCCAAGUGCUGCAAAAGCACUCUGGUGAAGUGAUGAUAAAUAAUAAUCACAUUGUGUACUUUACCCAGGAGCAUCAUACAAGCCUGAUGAAGCUUCGGGACAGAUUUAAUGUUAGCAUCACAGAAUUCUUUAGGGAAGGCAAAGGAGGCAUUAGCAUCAGUGGUAAGCCUGUAGGGGUCGGUUGUGCAGCAUUGGAAGUGGAAGCCAUGUUGUGUCAGGCCCAAGAGGACUUCGCUCGGCGUGAAGAGGAAGACAUGCAGGGUGAUUUGAAGCAUAUGUAUGUGGUAGACGAUUCUGGGCGACGACAACAGAUUGAGAGGAUGUCAAACAGAUCAUAUGAGAAGAUACAAAUAGACCUCGAUCUCAAUGACCGGGCAGUUAAAGAAAUGCUGAGAAAAUUUGAAAAAUGCAACCUGAGUAUUGUGAAGGUGGAAAAAAUCGAAAACUAUGCUCUGAAACAGCUCUUCAGCUUCAACAGAAAACGUAUACAAGCUCAACCUCAGCGUCUGUACCAGUGUGUGAAAGCACAGUUCUGUAAUCUGAUCUGCAGAGUUGGCUUCCAGAGGGAAUACGCACCACCUAAAGAACAAAAGUAUGGAGCUGGAAUAUACUUCACGUCUGAAGUGGACAAAGCAAGAUCUCUGUGGGCAGACAAUGGAGAAGAAUAUAUCUACUUCAUUGAAGCUGAAGUACUGACUGGGAAAGACAAACGUGGUUCAGCAGAACUGAUUGUGCCUCCUCCAAUUGAAAAAGAUCCUCUGGUUCGUUAUGACAGUGUGACCAGUGGGAGCGGCAUUCACAUUAUCUUCAAUGGCCAACAGGCCUACCCUUUGUACCUUAUUACGUGCAGCAAAUUAGCUUUGUUUUAGCUAAACUCUCCAUUUUCCACUUAAGCAUUCUGUCUUUACAUUAAACUAAGGUUUUACAUUACAUUCACCGAGCACCAAUGCCUCAUUUAGGAGUUAAUUAAAGAUGUCAAAAAUGAAACUUAAAGCUCGCUAACCCUAAACAACAAAACUGUUAAAACAGUAAAUAGAUAAACCCAGUAUUUAAUUCAGUGAACUUAAAUUUGUUGUAUUGUUGUACUGGAAAUGAUUUGGAUUAUACUUGCUUAUUGUGGAAACACAAAUCUAAGUUGUUUUGUGUAGCUAAAUUACACACAUGACCUUAAAAAAAAAAAGUUUAAAUAGUCAAAAACAAAAAACAGAAAGAGGACAUCCUGGUGUACAUUUUGAUAUAUAAUGUCAGGCAGGACCUUGCUGAUGUCAAAUCCUCUUUGCAAAACUCUGAGCUGUCAGGUUUUCUUCUCUUCUGGUUUGUUCUGGGCCUGUUCCUUUAAUUGUUUUACUUUAGAUGCUUCUGUUUCAGGGAAUAUUUGUUAAGGGGUGACUUAUAAAUUCAGAUAUUACAGUAAUAUGAGUAGUUUAAAUACAUUCUAAUUAUAUUUGUUAUGUUUGAAGUUAAAAAUUAAGAUAUAGCAGGUUACUCUGUUGCAUUUUUAAUGCUGUGGAUUUUCUACUGUGCUUUCUUAGUCAUGAUUUUUCUCAGCACCACAUGGUUGAAUGGCACAUUUAAGAAUGACAGAAAAUGGGACAGGGGCUGUAUAAAUGUAGGCACUACAUUUAUUAAUUUAUAGAAUAACCUAUGCAGAUUUACAUAUAUAUAUUUUUUUUUAUUGUACUCUUUUGUGAAGCUAUGGCACAUCUUAUUUUCAUUUUUAAUACUGAGGUUUGAAAGUAUGUGGUGUUUUCUGGUCUGUCUUUGAUUGGAGCAAUAAAAUCUAACAGAUUUCAUAUUCAC